UUUAAACUUGAAAUUGUAGUAUUUGCUCUAUUUUAAAUUUUUGUGAAACAUUUUAUUGCUCUUGGAUAGUAUAAUUGUAUGCAGUAUACAUCAUGUUUCUAAGUGCGUCCAUCUGUUUAGUAUUACAUGCAUGCACUUGUGUGCUCUCAUCCUUCAGCUGAGACUGCCAUCUCCGAGAUAGUGGCUGUAAGUGUGAUAGCUGGAGCCAUUGUGGGGGGUGGUGUAUUCCUGAUUCUUGGGGUUGGGUUGCAUUUGUUCGAAAGAGAUCACAACGCGGCAAAGUUUCUAGGAGAUGAUUGCGAUAUAAUGAUUGUAACUGUGUCAAUAGCAAUGUUUACAGGAUGCAAAGAGGUUCCCAAAGGAUAUGCAACAAAAAACAUUGUAGCCCUAGUCACAAUGCGUUGUUUGUCACUGGCACUGAUGAUAUCCGACUGAGUGAUGCUGACAAAUCUUCUUAUGAAAAGAUAUUCUCUUCCAUUCUUGUGCCAUACACUACCCUAACAGUUGGAGAGGUGAUUGGACAAGGUGCAUUUGGUAAGGUUUUUCGAGGAGAAAUGAGGAGGUCAGACUCCUCAAAAUGUGAAGAAAUUGCUAUCAAAACAGUCAAAAACUUGAGUUCGAAAGAUCAAUUGGAAUCGUUCUUUGCCGAGAGUUUGCUGAUGAAGGAUUUUAGUCACCCCAACAUUCUUGGACUAACUGGAGUGUGUUUUGACACUCCUGAUGGAGUACCCUACAUUAUCCUCCCAUUUAUGGCAAACGGAAGUUUGAAGGACUUUCUGAAGAAGAAGAGAACUCACGUUACCAACGUAGAUAUUCUAUCUGAGGAUCUAAAUGUUUCUACCCUGGUACGCAUGUGUAUGGAGGUAGCCAAUGGUAUGGAAUAUCUUGCUGAGGAGAAGUUUGUUCAUAGAGAUCUAGCAGCAAGGAACUGCAUGGUUGACAGUAAUCUAGUUGUGAAAGUUGGUGACUUUGGCCUAGCCAGGGACAUCUACAGUAGUGACUACUACAGAGCCAACCAGGGAGCCAAGAUCCCAGUCAAGUGGAUGGCUCCGGAGACACUCCAUGAUGCCAUUAGCAACAAGAAAACUGAUGUGUGGUCAUUUGGUGUGACUUGUUGGGAGGUAUUCUCUUUGGGACGAGGCCCGUAUCCAGGGAUACGAAACCAGGAUAUUCUCAAACACAUCUCCACUGAAAACAAGAGAUUAGAGAGACCGUCACUAUGUCCAAAAAUGCUAUAUGAACUUCUGAUGACCCCGUGUUGGAGGUUGCUGCCUGAGGAGAGACCAUCGUUCAGUCAGCUGGUGGAACAGCUGCAAGAGUACUGGGAGGAGAAUCACGCUUACAUUAUUGAAAACACUGACACACCGAGCAACAAUUAACUGGAUUAUGAAUCAUACAAUGUUGUGAAUUUCUACGUCUCAUCAUAGAUUGAAAUCUAUGGUCUCACUUAAUAAAGUAGCUUAAUUCCAACUCUCUAGCAAAUUUAUAUUAAUGCUCAUGAUAAGAAUAAUUAAUGCUCAUAAAAGUUAUUAUCGUCUUUGCUAUAAUCGUGUAGUUGAAGAAGGAAAGUGCGACUCUAUAGUACAGUCUGCAGAACAGUUUCUAGUUUCGCAGAGGCUCAGAUUUUUUGUGUGUGUGUGUGUGAUGAGGGGGUUAUUUUAUUCAGGUGUAUAUACA